CUGUUAGGUGCAAGUGCAAAUCGAAUGCUGUUAAUGAACAGGUGCUGUUAAAGGCAGAAUAUGAGCGCAGCGCAAACAAAUGCGAAAUAGAAACAAUGCAAACUUCUACUUCAGCAUUAAAGUGAAGAAACGGGUACGUUACCACGGACAAAGUGCCUUUUUCAGUGGGUCGUCGUUGCUGCCUCUUUUUUUGUUCUCGGUGUGUGUGGUGGUGUGUGUGUUUGGUUGUGCAUCGCACUUGCAUUCUCCUCUGUGUCUAAAAAAAAAAAAACAACAAAACCUUUGGCUGUCGGGGAAAUUCGAUAUAACAUAACUUGGAAUCGGAAGGGCCAGACAAAGGCAUCGUCGUCGUCGUCAUCUCGGUAUCAGCAGCGGGACAGGAACGCCACUGUAAUCGUUCAAUGACAGCAGCCGCAGCAGUUUCUGCUGCUGCCUUCGCCGCUGCAGCAGAGAGCAGUUAACGACCGAGCAGCGGGUCCAGGUCCAUCUGAGUGAAGAGAGCAGAGACUGUGUCCGUGGUCUUUUGGUCGUGGCCCAAGCAGCGGCCAUCGAUAAAUUCAAGAGAUCCAAAGAGAAAAGAAAACAAAAGGGAAAUUGAAUAUUGGAAGCCUCAUUGGAAGUGCUGAAGCCUCAGAAGAAGGAACUCUUUCAGCAGCCGAAAAAAUGGUGAAAACGUUUCAGGCCUAUCUACCGUCCACCAAUCGGACCUACUCAUGUGUUCACUGCCGCGCCCACCUCGCCUCCCACGACGAACUCAUCUCAAAGUCGUUUCAGGGCAGCCAGGGCCCGGCCUACCUCUUCAAUUCGGUGGUGAACGUGGCCUGUGGCCAGACGGAGGAGCGGGUCCUACUCACGGGACUCCACGCCGUCGCCGACAUCUACUGCGAGUGCUGCAAGACGCCGCUGGGCUGGAAGUAUGAGCACGCCUAUGAGUCCAGCCAGAAGUACAAGGAGGGGAAGUUCAUUAUCGAGCUGGCGCACAUGAUCAAGGAGAACGGCUGGGACUGAACACGCACGUGCAGUGCGGAUUGGCGGAUGUCAGGCAGCCGUCGGCAUGGGUUAAAGCAGCAAAAUGGCCGAAACAGCAGCAUCAACAGCAGCAACAAAGGAAACACACACACACAAACACACAGCGUGGACAACGAGUGGGAGGCGUUGGAAGAAGUGCCAGUGCGAGCAUGAGCGGAAUAGCUGUUGAUGGAUUGUGUUGAUGCUCAACAGAGGUCGAUUAACAGUUGUAAUGAGAACGGGACGAGAUCAGCGAGAGAACGCGAAGGCAAUGAUCAGGCAGUUGUGUAGUGUCAAGGGCAAGGUCAAAGGCAAGGCAAGGCAAGGCAAGGCAAGGCAGGGCAAGGUCAAGGGAAAGGCAGCCGGCAGUGGAGAGAGUAAAUUCGAUACACAAUUGAGAGAGAGAGUUAUAUGGUACCAGAGUACAUAUAAGUACAUGUGUAUGCUAUUAGUGCACAAAUCGUCGUAUCUAAUGCAAACAUAACACAACCCACCCACAUGAACACACACACUAACGCCGAUAUGUACAUACAUAUACACACACACACACACAAUGCGUAAAUGUGCGCAUUGAUAUGUACUUAUGUAAAUACAUAUUUUCACAUAAAAGGAUAGAAACACGCUUAAACGGCCCUAGGGGUAAUCUCUGCGCCGGCUGCAGUGUGCCUGUUUGGAGCUGUAUAUGUAUGUACGUACGUGUGUAUGUAUGUACAUAUUUUUACAUCAAGCUUUUGAGCAUUUUCAUAAUUUCAUCUCGCUUUUUGUUCGCGUAAGCUUCCUUUCCCCUCAUUUAUAUAUCAAAUAAUGCAAGAAGCUGAUGGACUUGCGUUAAAUUUAUGUUCAGUCAAUCAGUUGAACGGGAAAACUGCGUACUGACAGACACACACUCAUACACUAACACACUCACACACAUUCAUGCGCAUACACAACAACUUGCACUGCCAAAAAACAGGAUAAAUGUUUAGCAAUAAAAUAAAAUUGAUCAUUGAACACAAGGCAUGCAAACAAAAAAGAAAUCGGAAUCUACACAUGCAUAAACAGGCAUAGACAUACUCAGGCGACACACACACACACAAACACACACACACACACAAACACACACACACACACAUUUUCAACAUAGUUGGUAUUUAAAAAUGUAAUUAAAAUUAAUUAUUUAAUGCAAUUUACCAUGAAAGAAAUGUGAGAUAGACAUAAACUGAAAAAUUGAACAACGUUUAUAACUGUACGCGAACAGCAAAUGCGUAACGCACGUGUAAGAAUUGUCGAGAACGAGCACGAGAACGAUGUGGAGGUGGAGAUCCCACAAAAAUGGUCUGAACGGUGAGAUUCGAAAUUGCUCCCAGUGGAAUUUAAUGCAAUGAUGUGUGGAUUCGUGUGAAUCCACUCAAUCGAAACGCAAUGGGCGAGAUGUGAAUAGAA